CCAGAAAAUUGUGAUAUAAAUUUUAAACAUUUUAAUCCAAAGAAAAUGCAAAAUGCAAUUCGAAAGAUUCACUGGAUCAUUUUUCUCUGCAUUCUCUUUGAAAAUGCCUACGCAGGAUCAAGAUCGGUUCUUCAAGCGCAGAUUAAAAAAAGACUCGAUAGAAUGUUGGGGAAAGGAUAUGACAUCAGAUUGAGACCAGACUACGGGGCUGAACCACUGGCUGUGGGUAUGGCGAUAGAAAUUGCGAGCAUCGAUGCAGUGUCAGAAGUAAACAUGGACUAUACGUUGACGCUUUACUUCCAGCAGAGAUGGCGAGAUAGUAGAUUAGCCUAUCGUGAUCUUGAUGCAAAUCUCACUCUUGAUAGCAGGGUUGUUGAAAAUAUAUGGGUGCCAGACACAUAUUUUGUGAAUGACAAAAAAUCAUUCAUGCACGAUAUCACAAGAAAAAACAUAAUGCUGAGAAUGCAACCGAAUGGUUUAAUUACUUAUGGCUUGAGAAUAACAACGGAACUGGCAUGCAUGAUGAAUUUGAAGAGAUAUCCGUUGGAUGAACAAAAUUGUACAUUGGAAAUUGAAAGUUAUGGGUAUACGACACAGGAUAUCAAAUUUUACAUGAUUGACGGCAGUUCAGUAACGGGAGUCGAAAAUUUGAAACUUGCUCAAUUUGACGUUACUGGUUCACAAUUAUUAAUUAGAGACAUAACGUUUGCAACAGGUUCAUAUCCUCGAGUGUCCCUCAGUUUUAAAUUGAAAAGAAACAUUGGAUUUUUUAUUCUUCAAACUUAUAUGCCUUGUGCAUUGAUAACAAUUCUAAGCUGGGUUUCAUUCUGGAUUAAUUUUGAAGCAACAGCGGCAAGAGUAUCUCUAGGAAUCACGACUGUUCUCACGAUAACGACCAUCAGCACAAAUGUUCGAGCAUCUCUUCCGAAGUUACCAGACAUCAAAGCAUUGGAUGUUUAUCUUAUCAUAUGUUUUUUAUUUGUAUUCAUGGCGUUGCUUGAGUACGCAUUUGUAAACUAUACAUACUAUGGUGGAAAAGCUAGAAGCGCUAAAAGGAAACUGCAAACGAAAAUCCGAGAUGAAUUACAGAUUCAAGGGUCCCAACUAGAAUUGGUUCAUAACCAAAGAGUUUCUAAAGAAUCAGAAUCACAUGAAACCACUGCCCUCGUCGACAACUAUUACUUUGAUUACGUAGCACGGAAUCGUUUGGUAGGAUGCAAUGUAUCGCAUCUAGUGAGUGAGGAUGAUAUACGAACAAACCAACACAGUGAACUUGUAGACAUAAGCGACGGGACAAGCCCCAGGACCAGUGUUUACGGUGACGGACGUACUCAGAUGCAAUCAAAUAAUUCCGUAAUGAGGGAUAGAAAGAUUUCUUCGACCCAACAAUCAAGAAGAUCCAGUUACUGGAAGGGAAGAAACGAUAGAGGACGGAAAACGGCUUUGAGGCAACGAAAAACGAAGGAAAGUAAUUUACGAUCGACAAUGGUGAAAAGAGCAAAGAAAAGAGUGAACUCGAUAAAAAUGCCAGUUGUGGACGAUGUUAAUAUUAUUGAUAAGGUUUCACGAGUGGCAUUUCCCACGUCGUUUGCAGUUUUCAACUUGGUGUAUUGGACGUUUUAUACGUUUUUCUAAUGAUUGUAUCACCUUUCAAAUGAAAGUGCAUAUGUAUAUAUAUAUAAAACUUUGUUAUUUAA